AUGGCAGGCGGCGUCAAGAAACCUGUUAACAUCUUCCGUCUCAAGGACCUCGGCGAGCCCGCCGGUGUCUUCAACUGGCGUCUGUGGUUUGCCGUCGUCUCUUUUGGUCUCCUCGGCGCCGCACGCGGUAUCGACGAGGGUCUCAUUUCCGGUGCCUUCAACUCUGAUGAUUUCCAAAAUGCCAUUCACAUCAAGAAUUACGACACGGUUCAAAGGGCCAACAUCAAGGCGAAUGUGUCCUCGAUGGUCCAGCUCGGCUCUGUCGCCGGCGCUAUGAUUGCAUUUAUUGUUUGCGAUCGAAUCGGACGUAUCCAGGCCACUCGGUUCCUCUGCACGCUCUGGAUCGUCGGUAUCAUCAUCUUCAUGGUCGGCGGCGUUAAUGGCAACCUCGGUGCGAUUUAUGCCGGUCGUUUCAUUGCCGGCCUUGGCGUUGGACAGACCCCCGUUGUCGGCCCCGUUUACAUUGCCGAGAUUGCGCCUGCCUCAAUUCGUGGUUUGUGCACAUGCUUCUUCACUGGUGCUGUGUACCUAGGAAUCGUUCUGGCUUACUUCACCAACUAUGGCGCAUCGAUUCAUAUUUCGAAUACUAGCCACAAUCAAUGGCUCGUGCCUACCAGCCUGCACAUCAUCAUGGCGGGGCUCAUCUUGAUUCUCAUGUUCUUCCAAUAUGAAUCGCCUCGCUUCCUCGUCAAGCAGGGCAAGCCCGACAAGGCCGCCAAGGUGCUCUCUUACAUCCGCCACCAAGCACCUGACAGCGACUACGUCGUUGGUGAGACUGCCAUGAUCCAGGCCGCGCUGGAUCAUGAGAUGGAGGCCACCCGCGGCGUAGGCUUCUUUGGCAUGGUCAAGGAAAUGUUUCUCGACAAGAGUAACCUGUACCGUGUGUAUCUCGCCACCAUGGUGCAGCUCCUUUCUCAGUGGUCCGGUGCUGGAUCCAUCACACUCUAUGCGAAUGAUCUUUUCGCCCUUGUUGGAAUCACUGGAAAACAGGAGGGCCUUCUCGUCACUGCCGUCUUUGGCAUUGUCAAACUGAUCGCGGCAAUGGCUUGCGCUCUCUUCCUGGUGGAUGUCAUCGGUCGCAAACGUUCGCUGCUCCUCGGCAUUACACUGCAAUCCAUCUCUAUGAUUUAUGUCGCCAGCUUUCUUACUAGCGUGCCUCAGCUCGGAGUUGUCAAGGGAUACGUGGUCCCCGAGAAGGAUGCCGCAGCCAGUCGUGGUGCCAUCGCUAUGAUAUAUCUGUCUGGUGUAGGCUGGGCCUUGGGUUGGAACUCUAUGCAGUAUCUUUUGACUGCAGAAUUGUUCCCUCUUCGCAUCCGAGCAUUGGCAACAUCCUGGGCAAUGACUUUGCACUUCGCCAACCAGUACGGCAACACCCGAGCUCUCCCCAACAUGCUGCUUUCAGUUGCCAACGGCGGCAUCUCUCCUAAGGGCACUUUCUGGUGCUUCGCAGCUAUUACCAUUCUUGGUGGAGCGUGGGUUCUCGUCUCUGUCCCCGAGACAAGCGGCCGUUCCCUCGAGAGCAUGGACCGUCUCUUCGAUCUUCCCUGGUACAAGAUUGGUCUCUACGGCAACCGGGACGCCGAGCUGCAGGACGAGGCGUACAACGAAAAGGAGCAAGCAGCCCACGAGAUGCAUGGCAUGGGCCAGCACGUCGAGUCAGCGGGGCAGCACAUCGAGGAGAAGCCUCGCACGAUUGGAGUUUGA